ACGUUUGGGGUGCUGAAGCCGUUAUGUAGGCGUAGCCUAUAUCUAACUAAUUCAAUUACAAAUAUCUUUAUACAUAAUAAAAGAACAUUGGCUGGCAGUUUAUUCUUCCCUGUUCGGUCACGUCGGCCUCAUUACCUCUCUUCGCCGCACGGUGGCUAUAUACAUUUAUAGCUGCAUUCCUGGCGAGCAUCGACUACAUCACAGGAGGGAGACCUGACCUGCGCCUCUAAGCAGCGUGAGAUUCCCUCUCUCCAGCAUUACUGUCGCGAGCAGACACCUAAACCAGUGUUUCUCCAACUCUCUUCCUUCAUUACCAUCGCUUGACCGUCCCAGCAUGCCUUCCAACCUGGAUUUACAAGGCGGAAAAGCCUUCGGGUUACUCAAAGCACAGCAGAGGGAGAAACUGGAGGAAAUCAAUAAGGAGUUUAUGGAAGACCAGAAGUACAGGGAUGAAGAGGAUUUACCAGAGAAGUUGGAUUCUUUAAAAAAUAAAUAUGCUGAGUUUGACCUGAAUGAUCAGGGGGAGAUCGACAUGAUGGGCUUGAAGCGAAUGAUGGAGAAGUUGGGUGUGCCAAAGACCCAUCUGGAGAUGAAGAAAAUGAUCUCGGAGGUGACCGGAGGUUGCAGCGACACCAUCAACUACAGGGACUUUGUGAAAAUGAUGCUUGGCAAGCGAUCAGCUGUUCUCAAACUGGUUAUGAUGUUUGAAGACAAAGCUAACGGGACCAGCUGUAAACCCGGUGGACCCCCUCCCAAGCGUGACAUCACCAGCCUACCAUAGACCAGUGGAGAUGGAUUUGAUUGACAUCUCUGCAUUCACAAAUCCCGCCCAUUUAACAUUAGGGGCUAGGUUUCUAUAGCCUUACCUAGAAUAUUUUUGGCAAGAUCCAGGGAAAAUCUUAGUUCAUAGACAGACAAAAUUAAGAAAAAAAAGAAAGAUGUCUAUAUUUGCUGUGAAAGUCAAAGCGUAUAGUAGCUUUUUAUAAGUAAACAAAUGUAUAUAUUUAUAUGAAAAAGGUGUUUUUGAAUCGUGUUUACAAGCACAAAUCCUGUAAGUGGGGGAAGUUGAGUGUGUAACACUGCAAGUGAACCAAGUAAAGUGUACAGGAUGACACAAUUUUAGCUUGUAAGGCAAAUUUUAAGAAUUAAGAUUUUUCAUCUUCCCCAUAAUGUGUGAAUUUUUUCAUUUCAGUACAUUAGUGUUUGCCAUUUGAGUCGCUUGAAGAGUUCUUUAGCUUAUGCUUAACACAGAGUCCUAUAAUGUGACAUCAUAGAUGUUUGCGUGUAAGAGGCUCUUUUAAGAAUCAGUUAGUGCUCAGCCAUGAAAAAAAAAACUUAAUUUAGCUUGAUCUGCUUCUUGAAGCAGGAUUUCCUUUGUAACAUUUUUGUACAGGAAGGCGCAGGGAGUGAAAAUGCUGGGAUGUGAGUGAGGGAGAAGGCAAAAAGGGACGACCGUUCAUUCCUCAGAUUUUCUUUGCUCAUUCUCUGUCCAUUUUUUACUUUCCACGGUCUUCAAACUGUUUCUUUUUAACCUGUUUGUAUGCGUCCAAAUGACUGUAAUAUGUAAAUUUACUGUAUCCUGUAAGCACAUUAAAUGUUAACUUCA